AUGAGGGAGGCCGUCGCAGCCACCGCGACCUCUCGGAAGUCAACUCCGCCGCCGUUCUUGGUCAAAACCUACAUGCUCGUCGAGGAUCCCGCCACCGAUGACGUCAUAUCGUGGAACGAUGACGGGACCGCCUUCGUGGUGUGGCAGCCGCCGGAGUUCGCCAGAGAUCUCCUCCCCACCCUCUUCAAGCACAGCAACUUCUCUAGCUUCGUCCGCCAACUUAACACAUAUGGCUUUCGGAAGGUUGCAACGAGUAGAUGGGAGUUCUACAAUGACAAGUUUCGAAAGGGAGCAAAAGAGCAAUUGUGUGAAAUACGUAGGAGAAAAGCAUGGAACAACAGGCCACGACGACAAAACACAUCAACAAUCAAGGCCACACAUCAAGAUCGUCAUGAUGACGAUCAACGGUUGUCUUCGUCCUCAUCUUCGUCCGAUCAAUACGCCACACUUGUUGACGAAAACACAAGGUUGAAAAAGGAGAAUGGAGUGUUGAGCUCUGAGCUCACAAACAUGAAGAAGAAGUGUAGAGAGCUUCUUGAUUUGGUGGCUAAGUACAAAUACGCCAUUAAUGACGAGGACGAUGAACACGAGCGAGAUCAGACAAUAAUGAAGCCAAACUUGAAACUCUUUGGAGUCAAAUUGGAGGUUGGUGAUGAGAUGAUGAUGAGGGAAMGCAAGAGGAAGAGAUCGGUCGAUCAAAAUACACCUAUUUUACUAUCUCAAUAA